UAAACCCCAGUCUAUCCUCAUAAAAUAUAAUGGAUGUUGGUAAAAUGUUAAGAAUUAUUAUAGUUAUUUUAAUUGCUAGUGUAAUUAACGUGAAGUGUAAAGUGGAUGAUGUUCGUAGCCGAGAUUUGCCUAAUGUAUUUAAUCGGACAAAACUAUCCCAAGAUGUGUGUUCAUAUUUAUUUUUUGAAGAGAAUCAAAUAUAUAACUGCCAGAAAAUAUUUCUGAGACCUUACCGAAAACCUACAACUUCUCUACCACCAAGUUUAACAGUUAGAUGUCAAAGUGUGGACAGCGUUACCUUCAUGAGAAGCUCAAAUCAGGGCUUGCAACUUGUAGUCCUUGUACCGCAAGAGGAAGACUUCGAACGUGCAGUAACAUUUACAAUACUGGAAAGUACUGAUACAAUCGGUCAAUUGAAUACAACGCCGUCUAGGAACUACACAUUGUGGACGACCCUAUUGGAUAAAGAUGGCAGUCCAAUGCUCUGGUUGCGUGGUCCAGAUGUAUAUGUGUGGACAAGUCCAGCGCAUGUUAAAUACGAUGUUAAAACUGAAAUGUUGCUACGUCACUACAAGAAUGGCACCCGACAUAUACCAGCCGAGUUCACUUGGAAUGCUAUUGAUGAAUCUGAUUCUUGCUUUUACGUUGUGAACAAAUGCAACAAGGAUACUCAAGGAGAUUUCUUCUCGGACAGUAUACCGCCAGACGGCAACAGGUCUGUGUUGAUAGAGAGGCUGCCACUGGACGAUGUGUGCGUGUUCAUGCUGACCGGCAAAUACGGGCAGACGCUUGUCAAGUACCGCACGCCGCAAUGCUACGACAUACGAGGCUGCGUACCAUUACCAGAGCAGUUCAGCAACGUGUCUAUGAAGGUGACAGAGGUGUACGGCAAAUGGCGCGUGCGCGUGAGUUGGAAGCGACCGCGCGUCACGCCAAUUCAAUACAAUGCGUCGUUGUACGCUGACACUACGUAUAAUGUCAUAGUGCCGGGAAAUGCUACCGAAGUAAUAUUUGAGAAUGUAUCUGGAGAGGGCAAGUACACCGUGAGCCUGGCAGCGACCACAGCGGGCGGCACGGCACGCACAAGCCGCACGGGAUAUUUCCCUAUACUUGAGAAAAUCAGCAACUUGUCCAUGGAAAUCGGUGAAGCAAAAGGCGGCGGCUGGCGCGUGCGCAUGCGCUGGGCCCGGCCGCGCUCCACACCGAUACAGUACAACGCCACGCUUUACGCAGAUGCUGUAUAUAACAUGGUUCUUCCAGGGAAUUACACUGAAGUAGUAUUUGACGACGUAUACGGUGAGGGUCUAUUCAACGUGAGUCUGAUGUCCACCACGACGGUUGGCACGGCGUACACAAGCAGCGAGGGCUAUUUCCCAAGUGAAAAGUCAAGCAAUAUGACUGUGAAGGAGUCAGAAGAUGAGAACGGUGGCUGGAGAGUAUGGGCGAGUUGGCCGCGCCCACCUGCACAACCAAUACAGUAUAACGCUACAUUAUACGCUGACACUGUCUACACCGUUAACUUACCAGGGAACUCAACUGAAGUUACAUUUGAUGAGAUAUAUAGCGAGGGUUCAUACAACGUGACGUUGGUAUCGAUCACAUCUUCAGGCGAACAGCUUUAUGCCAGCCAUCAGGGAAACUUGCCACGGCUGUCUCACACGUUGAGCGUGGGGCUGCUGGUGGGCGCGGCGUGGCUGACGGCUCUCGUGUUCGUCAUAGCGGUUUCUAUGCUCGUCUACCUCAAGAAAAAAAGCUCAGAGAAAGACAAAUUUGAAUACUUUCAGGGUCUGAAAGACAAGCUGUACAAGGAGAGUGCGCUAGAGGCGAUGUCGGAGCCGGUAGUGUCUGAGGAUCGGUGGGAGGUGUCGGCGUCGCGGCUGGCGCUGCAUGAGCUUGUGGGCGAAGGCGCCUUUGGCCGCGUGUGCCGCGCGACCCUUGCGCCAGCCACCGAAGUCGCUGUCAAGAUGCUCAAGGAAUUCCCGACCGCGGACGAGGUGCGAUCGUUUCGCGCGGAAAUGGAACUGAUGAAAAGCGUUGGGUCGCACCCUCACAUCGUCAGCCUGCUGGGCUGCUGCAGCGGCCGCCGACCACUCAUCGUUGUGGAGUACUGCAGCCGCGGAGACCUGCUUACAUUUCUAAGGAACUCCUGGGACGUAAUGAUAACCAAACGCAACGCGAGAUACUACAACACCAAAGACAAUUUAGAAUAUGGAAUGAGUUUGUUCAAAAUAGACGAACAGGAGCAAAGCAAAGCCAUCGUCAACAAGCUGUACGAUUUGCAGGACGUUUGCGACGAGCUCACAUUCCUCGAUCUUCUUUCCUUCUGUCGACAAAUCGCAAUGGGUAUGGAGUUUCUCGCCUCAAAUAGAGUUGUCCACAGAGAUCUAGCAGCGAGAAAUGUUCUGGUAACCAGCGAAAAGACACUGAAGGUUGCAGAUUUCGGUCUAUCGCGUGACGUCUACCAAGAGAACCUGUACAAGCAAAAGGGGAAUGGGAAGUUGCCUGUAAAGUGGAUGGCAUUGGAAUCUUUGACACAUCGAAUAUUUACUACUCAUAGUGAUGUAUGGUCGUUCGGCGUGGUGAUGUGGGAGGUGGUGUCGGUGGGUGGCGCGCCGUACCCCGCGGUGGCGGCCGCGCGCCUUCCGCGCCUAUUGCGCACCGGCUACCGCAUGCCACGCCCUGCCAACUGCACACCACAACUUUACGAGGUGAUGAUGAGCUGUUGGCGCGUGCGGCCGAACGAGCGGCCGACGUUUGCGCAGCUGCGGGCGCGGCUGGACGCGCUGCUCUCCGCCGCCGCCUCGGACCACUACCUCGUACUGGACGUGCUCACGGACCCGCCUCCUUCGCCCGCGCCCACACCUUCGGCACUUCUCAAUGGCAAGGAGAAACUGCAGCGAGUUCAUAACUACGAGCGAACGAGCGCACUCAGCAAUCACUAUACCUCAACGCCCGUCACGCAGACCGCGUGACAUGCGAUGGAAUACCGCGAGAUGUUCUAUGACCGCUACGUGACACCGCGAGAUGCUGCGUGACACUGUGUAAUGUUCCGUGACACCGCGGGAUGCCACGCCCUGAAGCAUUGUAACAUACUUGUACAGUAAUUGUAAAAUUAAAUAUAAU